UAUACUCUCACUAUCCUACACAGAAAAACUUUCUUCUCUUUCUUAUCGGUGAUAUAAGCGUUCUGUUCCUUUGGGAUUCCAUUUCCACACGCUCUCUCUGCUUUUAUUUGAUCUCGCAGGAAUGACCGACGGCCAUCUCUUCAACAAUAUCUCUCUUGGAGGCCGUGGAGGCACGAACCCAGGGCAGCUAAAGUUACAUGCAGGGGGGAUUCAAUGGAAGAAACAGGGUGGUGGUAAAGCAGUGGAAGUUGAUAAAGCUGAUGUUACAGGAGUGACAUGGAUGAAGGUACCAAGGACAAAUCAACUUGGUGUUCGGAUCAAAGAUGGCUUGUAUUACAAAUUCACUGGCUUCCGGGACCAGGAUAUCGCGAACUUGACCAAUUUUUUCCAGAGCAGCUGUGGAGUAACACUAGAAGAGAAGCAUCUUUCAGUUACUGGACGUAAUUGGGGAGAGGUUGAUUUAAAUGGAAAUAUGCUUACCUUUCUGGUUGGUUCAAAGCAAGCAUUUGAGGUAUCAUUAGCAGAUGUCUCACAAACUCAACUACAAGGAAAAAAUGAUUGUAUCUUGGAGUUCCAUGUGGAUGAUACAACUGGAGCUAAUGAGAAAGAUUCCUUAAUGGAGAUAAGUUUUCACAUACCUGGUAACAACACCCAAUUUGUUGGUGAUGAAAAUCGACCUCCUGCUCAGGUUUUUCGAGAAAAGAUUUUGUCAAUGGCAGAUGUUGAUCCUGGUGGUGAAGAAGCUGUUGUUACAUUUGAUGGUGUUGCAAUCCUAACACCCAGGGGCCGGUAUAAUGUCGAACUUCAUCUGUCAUUCUUGCGGCUCCAAGGACAGGCCAACGAUUUCAAAAUUCAAUACAGCAGUGUUGUUCGCCUCUUUUUGCUUCCAAAGUCUAACCAGCCGCAUACUUUUGUCAUUGUUACGCUGGACCCUCCUAUUCGUAAGGGGCAAACUUUGUACCCACACAUUGUGUUGCAGUUUGAUACUGACAAUGUGAUCCAAAACACAUUGUCAAUCAAUGAAGACCUUUUGAGCACAAAGUACAAAGACAAGUUAGAACCAUCUUAUAAGGGACUCAUUCAUGAUGUGUUCACAACAGUAUUGCGGGGCUUGUCUGGUUCUAAAGUAACUAAACCAGGAAAAUUCCGUAGCUGUCAAGAUGGUUAUGCUGUGAAGUCAUCACUGAAAGCUGAAGAUGGCCUUCUUUAUCCACUUGAGAAAAGCUUCUUCUUCUUACCAAAACCUCCAACUCUUAUUCUUCAUGAGGAGAUUGAUUAUGUUGAAUUUGAGAGACAUGCAGCUGGUGGCUCAAAUAUGCAUUAUUUUGAUCUUCUUAUAAGACUCAAAAGUGAGCAAGAACAUCUAUUCCGAAACAUCCAGAGAAAUGAGUAUCACAAUCUUUUUGACUUCAUCAGUGGGAAGGGUCUGAAGAUUAUGAAUCUAGGUGAUAUGCAAACAGCAAAUGGUGUGGCUGCUGUUCUCCAAAAUGAUGAUGAUGAUGCUGUUGACCCACAUCUUGAGCGCAUUAAGAAUGAAGCUGGAGAUGAGAGUGAUGAAGAGGAUGAAGAUUUUGUUGCAGACAAGGAUGAUGAAGGCUCUCCUACUGAUGAUUCUGGGGAUGAAGAAUCUGAUGCUAGUGAAAGUGGAGAUGUGAAAAAGAAGCCUGUGAAAAAGGAAUCCACAAAGGAGCCCUCAUCUUCAAAGGGUGUAUCUAAGAAGAGAGUGAAAGAUGGAAAUGAGGAUGCAUCUAAGAAGAAAAAACAAAAGAAGAAGAAGGAUCCAAAUGCACCAAAGAAGGCAAUGUCCGGUUUCAUGUUCUUCUCACAAAUGGAAAGGGAGAAUGUGAAGAAAAGUAAUCCUGGCAUUGCUUUUGGGGACGUUGGAAAAAUUCUUGGAGACAGGUGGAAGCAGCUGUCAGCGGAAGAUAAAGAACCAUAUGAAGCAAAGGCCCGAGCAGAUAAAAAGCGUUAUAAGGAUGAAGUCAGUGGCUACAAGAACCCUAAGCCUGUGAAUUUGGAGUCGGCGAAUGAAUCUGACAGUGCCUAGAUAGUAAUGCUUCUCAAAUUUUGAGACUACUCCUGGUGCUUUAUUCUCUUUCUAGGGGUCAUUAGUCAUUAUAUAUGGUAUUGAGAGCUUUCCCUUAAGUUUUUCUUCCAGGCAAUAACAUUUCUGUAGGGACUACUAUACUGUUGAAUUAUAAAGGUUUUUACUUAGAAUAGUAA